AGGAAAAGAAAGAAAGAAACAACAACCCUGUGACACCUGCGUGUGGCCUUCACCUAUAAAUCCAGCCCCCCUCCACCGUUCGGCUGUCCAGCCAAACCAGCAGCGAGAGAGGAAAAGGAGAGUGAGAAAAGUAGCAGAGAAUUGGAGGAAGAAAGAAACAGAGGGAAAAAAACCAUACUCACAUGAGGAUCCACCCAUCGCCAGCCACCACCGCCGGCGGCAAGAAGGAUCUCCGGCGGCUGCCGCACGUGUACAGCAAGGUGCUGGAGCUGCCGCUGCCCGCGGACACCGACGUCAGGGUGCUCGAGGGCCCCGACGCGUUCCACUUCGUCGCCGCCGCCGCCGGCAUGGGCGCCGCCGGCGAGGUGCGCGUGCGCACCGUCAGGAUCCACCCCGGGGUCGUCAGGGUGGUUGUGCAGGCCGGUGCCGGAGGCGUAGAGGACGACGACGAUAUGGAGCUCGACAAGUGGAGGUCCCGGCUGCCGGAGGGGAGCUGUCCGGCGAUGGCCGUGGCCGGCUACGUCAACGGGCAGCUCGUCGUCACCGUGCCCAAGGGGCGUGACGGCAGUGAAGGCGACAACGAAGGCGGAGACGAGGCCUGGAGGUGCUGCAAUGGAGGAAAGAUUAGUAGCAGGCUCGUGGUUGUACAGUAGAGAAUCAGAAGAGUGGUAGCCUUUGUCUGCGCUAAUUGUUCAUCUAAUCUAUCUAGUAAUGUCUUGCCAUCUUUGUUUUUGGGUAAAGAUGGGUUCUUGAUGUUUCUCUUCCAUGAUAGUUCCAAGGAAGAGCUGUUUCAUAUGCUAUCUUCAAACAUCUUUUUUGAAGAAGGGGAAGAAGCUACUGUAAGUUUUGUAAGUUGUAGCUUCUCUUUGAUUUUUUUUCCUGAAAUCAAAUGUAAUUAUGUAGUUAUUACAGGAGAAUAUGUGACAAAUCCUUAUCCUGA